AUAUGUCCAACCACGCGACAUUUUGUAACUUCCUUUACAAAAAGUUUAGCGUUAUUUAGAUAACUGCAGUGAAAAUUAAUAAAAAAACAUGAAAAGGAAGCGAUACUCCAGUAGAGAUGAAGUCUCAGCUUAUGCUCGUCAGAGAAAUGAUUCUGAAGCGAGUGAAACUCAAGAUGUGGAGGAAAGAUUGAAUAAUUUAAUUAUGAAGAUUGGAGAGAAAAGUACGGCAACUCUAGAGAGUAAUUUAUUAGCUUUAUCGAAAGUCCUUCAUUCGGAUAUGACCGAACAUAAAGAUGAAAUUUUAGGCAUUUUGGCAGAUUGUGUUGUAGAAAUGCCUGAAAAAGGAACAGUUUAUUCUACUCUUGUUGGACUAAUAAAUGCUAAUUCUUAUUCUGUUGGAGGCGAGAUGUUGGAGCUUCUUCUUAGGCGUCUAAAAACUUGUAUGCAAGAUCAACAAUGGGAGAGUAGUAGAUGUAUCGUUCGUUUCAUUAGCGAUUUGGUAAAUUGCCAUGUUCUUAGCGCAGCGUCUUUGUUGGCAUUUCUCAAGGUAUGGAUCGACAUGGCGAAUACAGAAGCGAUAACUUCUCAAGUAUAUCGUGAUAUGCUUGUUUAUUAUGUUAUGUCAUCAAUACCAUGGGUUGGAAGAGCUCUUUAUGAAAAAAAAGAACGCGACUUUAUUAUCUUGUUGAAGUCGAUAAGAUUUUACUUAAAUGGACGAUCUAAAGAGCAUCUUAAAAUUCUAAGAGUAUGGUCAACUAAUGAACCGCACGCUCAAGAAGAUUACUUAGAUUGCUUAUGGUCCCAAAUUGAACAUUUGGAAAAUAACGAUUGGAUGGAAGCUAGCAUUAUUCGACCUUACGAAGCUUUUGAUAGCAUUUUAUGUGAAGCUCUUCAGCAUACUUUACCUAAUUUCACUUUGCCUAGCUAUAAUGACAAUGUGAUUUAUCCAGUUCCUAAAGUUGUAUUUCGCUUGUUUGAUUAUACAGAUGUGCCUCACGAUGGACCUGUUCUACCUGGAGCUCACGCAGUUGAAAGAUAUAUUAUUGAGGAGCAGCUGAGCUACAUAAUAGACUUGUUAUAUCUUGACAAAAAAGGUUGUGCCACUGCUUUGAGUGAAUUUACGUGCAGAUCGCGAGCUCCCAUUAAUUAUCUUAUAGUUGAAGUGAUAUUUUCAAAAUUAUUUGAGCUACCAAAGAAUAAAAGAAUCGAAAUUUUCUAUAGUACUUUACUCAUAGAACUCUGCAAACUUCAGCCAUCGUCAUUCCCGCUCGUCUUGGCGCAAGCUACUGAACUAUUAUUUGAGAGACUAGAUAAUAUGGAGGUUACUUGUGUUGUCAGAUUUGCUACCUGGUUCUCGCAUCAUUUAUCAAAUUUUCAAUUUCGAUGGUGCUGGGACGAUUGGAUCACUGAUGCGGAAUGUAAUGAUAAAGAUACUAAAAAGUCAAGGUUCCUGAAAGAAGUAUUGAUAAGAUGUAUGAAACUUUCUUAUCAUCAACGAGUAAUCGACUUCACUCCUGAUAGUCUGGAAAAAUACAGACCACCACAACCAAAACCACAAUUUGAUUAUAGUGAUAACGAACUCAGUAAAAAAUUAGUUGCUGCAAUUAAAGGUAAAGUUGGCCCAGAAGAAAUAAUAGAUAUUUUGGAAGAGACGCCCUCUACAAUGGAAGGAAUAGAGGAGAAAGAUAUUUGUGAACAUAAUAAGCUACAAGUUUUUGUGUCCACACUUCUUAAUUUGGGUUCAAAGUCAAUUUCCCAUUCUCUCGCUGCUCUUACAAAGUUUCACGAAGUUCUUCGAGCUCUCGCAGACUCAGAAGAGUCUCAACUUUGUAUCUUAAACGCAGUUCACAAUCUUUGGCGCAACAAUGAACAAAUGAUUAGUUUAAUAAUUGAUAAGCUAGUAAAAAUACAAAUUAUAGACGCCACAACUAUUACAUCUUGGAUAUUCAGUGAAGAAAUGGAGGCCAACUUUACUUGCUUUUAUGUGUGGGAUGUUUUGCACACAACAAUUAAUAGGGUUGAACAGCAGGUAGCAAAUUUAAAUGAAAGAUAUAUUCAGGGAAAGAAAAAUAGAAAUUCAUUUAAUUUACUGGAGGAUGUUAGCAUCCAUGAUAUCCCAACAUCAGGACAAUUAAAAGAAUUUGAGGAUGAAUUGGAGACGGGGAAAACUAACUUAAAAAAUCUAUUCCUUAUUAUUUUCCAAAGAUUUAUCAUUUGUUUAGGUGAGCAUUUAUCUGAAUCGGAUUUGGAUCAGGAGAACCAUUUAACACCAUGGUAUUGUUGGGCAAUUGGACGGUUGAAAGAAAUUUUUCAACUCUAUCAACCUGUUAUCCAAAUCUAUAGUAAAACCUUAGAAGAGUUGAUUUUCACCUCUGAAGUUGAUAGCAAAAUAGUAGAUAUUUUCUAUCAAUUUUUGUCUUUACAGAGUUAA